UAAAGGUUAUUGUGUUUCUUCUGAUCAUUCUGGCUGCAAAUGCCAACGUACAGUAUUUGAGAGACGUGAACUAACGAGAGCUCUAAAUGCCCAUAGGCAUAAGUGGCUAUGCAGGUGCCAGUCUGGGUGAUUGGGUUUGCUUUCAGUAUUGGGAGUCUCGCUACAACACGGCAGCCACAAACCGCAACAGGGAUGGCUCAACAGAUUAUGGGAUUUUCCAGAUCAACAGUCAGUACUGGUGUGAUGAUGGCUGCACCCCUGGCCGUAUCUGUCAUGAACGCUGGGGGAAACAUGGACAGAGGACCCAAGUGCAGACAGUGAUCAAAGCGAGACAGCAAGGCAUUACCACAUGGUACGUCUGGCGUAAUCACUGCAAGAACAAAAAUGUGACUCAAUAUAUCGCAGGAUGUGGAGUUUAAAGAUAUGUCU